GCAACGACUUCGACAAAUUUAGAGUCGAAUUAAGCAAAGAUGGUGAUGAUCAGAGUUCGUAGCAGAGAUGGCUUAGAGCGAGUGACCGUCGAUAACCCUCAUAUGACAGUCUCAGAGCUCAAUACCCAAAUCGAGAAGCAGUUGAGAGUCCCUGUAUCUAAACAGACCUUGUCGAGAAACCAGAACUUGCUCCUUGCGAAAACCCCAGAUGAUAUUCUUCGCUUUACGGACAUGUCGAAUCCCCAGACCUUGAUUUCUUCGCUUGGAGUUUCGCAUGGUUCGAUGAUUUAUUUGGCUUACGAAGGUGAAAGAACUGUCGCUGGAAGAGCCGUUAACAAGGCUGGAUCGUUUGGGAGGAAGAUGACCAUGGACGAUCUCAUUGCCAAGCAGAUGAGGGUUAGCCGUCAGGAGAAACCACACUGUGAAUCGGUGUCUUUCGAUCGAGAUGCCGCCAGUUCAUUCCAGCAUUAUGUGAAUGAGUCGCUAGCUUUCGCAGUUAAGCGCGGAGGGUUCAUGUAUGGGACAGUCUCGGUAGAUGGGAAGGUUGAUGUGAAUUUCAUAUACGAGCCUCCGCAGCAGGGUACGGAAGAGAAUUUGAUCCUGAUGAGGAACCCUGACGAGGAAAACUUAGUGGAGGCAAUUGGAUUGGGGUUGGGAAUGAGGAAGGUAGGGUUUAUAUUCACCCAGACAAUCGGGCAGAAUAAGAAGGAUUAUACGUUGUCGAAUUCGGAGAUUCUUCAGGCUGCUGAACUUCACGGGCAGAGUGGGCUCAAGGAGUGGGUCACGGCGUUGGUUAAACUGGAAGUCAAUGAGGAUGGUGGUGCUGAUGUCCACUUUGAAGCUUUUCAGAUGAGUGAUAUGUGUGUCAGAUUGUUCAAGGAAGGUUGGUUCGAGACUGAUAUCAAAGGAGAUGCAGACCCAAAAAUAUCUCGGAUGAAGAAAGAUGUGGUUGUUGGUGUGAAGGAUACCAAGGAAGUUGACAAUGAUUUCUUCUUGGUGGUGGUUAAGAUAAUGGAUCACCAGGGGCCACUUUCAUCAACCUUCCCAAUUGAGAACAGGAAUACCCCAGUAACGAUGAGGGCACUGAAGAAUCACCUGGAUCGGACAAAGAGCUUCCCAUUUGUGAAGCGAAUUUCUGAUUUUCACUUGCUGCUUUUAGUGGCCAAGUACUUAGACAUCAGUUCCGAUGUUCCUGCAUUGGCCGAAUGUGUACAGGCGCAGACAACAGUUCCAGAAGGAUACCAGCUCCUAAUAGAGUCCAUGGCCAGUGCUUGAUCAUGAUUUACAUGUUUGGAGUACCAUUAGUUCAGCUGAAUCUGUUAGCAUGCUUCAGAGUUUGGCUCAAUGAAGCAGUCUCCAAUAUCUUCUGACUCCAUUCAUGCCAUCAAAAUUGCGGUCUUACUCUGCAUUUCAUUCUAUUAGUCAAUGGUUGUAUUGUGUAAGUUUGUUAGAAUAUUUAUGUUUAUAAAAAUGUGUUUUAAU